AUGAAACUGGAAAUACUAAAAACUUUGGGGGGGUUAACAUCUUCGGCUAAACAUGGACCUGAAGGUGGUGAAAAUAAUCUCACUCAUGAAGCUCACUUGUCUCCAGUUCCUAUUUAUAUUGUCACACAUGCGGGUCAGCUUCCAAGUGAAUUCUUGGAGCCAUCUCCUGAGAGGCAAUUGGUGAUUGGUUUUGACUGUGAGGGUGUUGAUCUUUGUCGUAAUGGAACUCUUUGUAUCAUGCAGCUGGCCUUUUCAGAUGCUAUAUAUUUGGUUGAUGCUAUUCAGGGUGGAGAGAUGCUUAUGAAAGCCUGUAAGCCUGCACUUGAGUCCAGUUACAUCACUAAAGUUAUUCAUGAUUGCAAACGAGAUAGUGAGGCGUUGUACUUUCAAUUCGGGAUUAAGUUGCACAAUGUUGUGGAUAUCCAGAUUGCUUAUUUUUUAAUUGAGGAGCAAGAAGGACGGACAAGAGUGCUAGCUGACUACAUAUCAUUUGUUGGCCUCCUUGCAGAUCCACGCUAUUGUGGUAUAUCUUAUGUCGAGAAGGAAGAAGUUCGUGUACUUCUGAGGCAGGACCCUAACUUUUGGACAUAUGGACAACUCUCUGAACUGAUGGUUUGUGCUGCUGCAGAUGAUGUCCGCUUUCUUCUCUAUAUUUAUCAUAAAAUGGUUGCGAAAUUGAAUCAACAAUCUUUAUGGUAUCUUGCUGUCCGUGGCGCAAUGUAUUGUCGAUGUUACUGCCUAAAUGACAAUGCUUUUGCAGAUUGGCCGUCUCUCCCUCCAAUCCCAGAUAACCUCAUUGCUGAUGAGAAUGCUCCUGAGGAAGAAAUCCUCUGUGUUCUUGAUGUUCCGCCUGGGAAAAUGGGACGUGUUAUUGGAAGAAGAGGGGCUUCCAUCUUGUCCAUAAAGGAGUCUUGCAAUGCUGAAGUCUUCAUUGGAGGCACCAGGGGUCCAGCUGACAAGGUGUUCAUUAUUGGACCAGUACAGCAGGUGAGGAAAGCAGAAGCAAUGUUAAGGGGGAGAAUGCUGGAUGUGUUUUAA